AUGGAUCUGCACCAAGCGUAUUAUUUUCCCUUGGAGAUCUGGGUCAAGAUCCUCGAACUAGCCGCGCCUGAUUUUUCCGAGUUGCCUCGUGGCCAUGAGCGACGCAACUACUUGAGGCUCCGGCUCGUCAAUCGGACUUUCGAUCACCAAAUCCUUAAAACGCUCUUCCGCAGCACCCAUGACACCGCCACGCUGCUUCCAGAGCCAACAACGGAAAAAGCUGUCUCCUUGAUGCUACUGCUCAAGAGCAAAACAGACAGCUCAGAUCGUGAUUCGACGCCUCUCUAUCUCCAACAGUGGGCUCGCUUUAUGAGCACCCAGAAAGCUUGGCAGUCCGAUGCCCCAGAUAGUCAUUACUCAUGGCUUGAGACAGCAUGCUCUGCUAUUGUGUACGAGCGUGGACCGAUGUGGUCGCUCUUGUACCUCGUGCAAGCCAAAAACCAAGCCAGCUAUCUCGAUUUCGACGUCAAUCUCCCGAAUAAUCUUCUAGACUCUUGUGAUCCUGCGACGACCGGAGACUCUGUUCCUCUAAAAGAAGCACACGGCGCGCUUCAGUUAGCCUGCCAACACGGGAAUCUCACAGCGGUCAAGGUAUUACUCGGCAGCGGAGUCGAUCAAUCUGCUCGCCACUCUCUCUUUGGUGUCCCUCUAUUCAAUGCUGUCCGAAGCGGGCAUGCGGCGAUUGUCCAAUGUCUCCUGGAUCGCGAUCGCAAUAUUCCGCUUCCACACCGCUACUCGUCGCUGCUGAGACUUGCCCUGGACCUAGGCCACUCUGAAGUCUUUGAAGUGCUUUUGAAGAGGUCCCGUGGUGAAGAAAAACAGUUCAUAAACUACUGUUUUUCCAAUGCAUGCCACCAGGGACAAGUCGACAUCGUCCGCACGCUUUACAGAUGGUGUGACGGGCAAAACCUCCGACUGAGAAGAAACCCUCUGAGCUGGCUCGGUCGCUUGAUGCCUUGGUGGAAGGAUGAGGCUUUUUUUCUCAAUCCCAACGUACGGUUGCAACAUGCUCAAACACCUGUUUCAGAAGCUGUCAGGUCCGGAAACGUUGAAAUGGUGCGUAUUCUCAUUGAGCGGCCGGAGUUUCAGCCUUGCCACGUCUCCGACUACUGCUGUCCAUUACACGUUGCGGCGGAAUGUGACAAUGGAGAACUGGUUACCCUUGUCUUAAAUCGUUACAAGAGAGACAGAAAGGACAAAUUGGACAGAAUAUGGCUAACAUUCAAAGACGCCUGCGCCAAUGGACGCAGCUCAGCAGUGAAGGCCUUCCUCGAAUGGCCAACCCUUGAUCCCAACCUAAGAUCGCACAAUAGGAGCUGGUCCCCGAUCGCGGAAGUCAUUAGACUAUCUCAUCGCCCUGGCAAUUAUUUAGAGGUGAUAAAACUACUCGUCGGACACGAGAAGCUGGACCCCAAUUUCUCCAACAUCGGACGGCGGCCGUUGGAACUUGCCAUCGAUGUCAAGAGCCACCCUAUGGCGGAGCUCCUCCUCUCCCGGCCUGAUUUGAACCCGAACGUUCAUGGAGGUUUAUAUACACCCCUAUCCGAAGCUAUUCGAAAGAAUAUGCAUGAUACCGUGCGUAUCAUGCUUGAGCGACCAGACACAGACCCGAAUCUACGCAGCGAACACAAUCAAGACGGCACGCCACUCAUCACGGCGAUUCAUUGGGGAACGCCCCAGAUCGUCGAAGAGCUAUUGAAACGGGAGGAUCUGGACCCAAACCUCCCCUCGACAGUCUCAAAGCCCGCCAAAACCGCGUUGACUUCUGCAGCCGGAUUUGGUGAUGAGCAGGUAGUAAAAUUAUUAUUGAGCAGGGACGGAAUUGACGUCAACUUAUCAACGAGCGAGCAUACGCCUUUAUCACAAGCAAUCAUGAGUCGUAAGCUGAAGGUCGUCGAGAUGUUGCUCGGUCAUCAGCACACAGACCCGAACCGUGCUCCGGAUAUGAGCGCAGCCAUGUGUGUUUAUUCAAAGGUGGCGGGGACGUCUGGGUAUACUUUUACCAAGUCAACUACCACCGAUGGGGCGGACGAUGCCAGGACCAUAGGCAAGAACAUACCACUGUGUAUUGCUAUGGAGUUGCAGGAAUACGAAGCAGCCUCGAUGCUUCUGAGACACCCUGAGAUCGAUAUCCAUAGCACAGACGGAACAAAUAGGACGCCUCUUUGGUGGGCCACGUUUGGAGGGUCACCAGCGCUCGUGCGACUACUUUUAGAAAAUGGAGCCGACAAACAAAUCAACAUUCAGGACAUUUAUGGUUGGGCUCCCCUACAUGUGGCUGCGAACUCUGGGCAUCCGCAGCUGGUGGGUGAUAUCCUGGCCCAUCCAGAUUCUGAUCCAAGCCUGGUUAAUGAGGACGGGUACACCGCGUUACAUCUCGCUGUCAUUUGUAACAAUGUUGAUAUUGUCGCACAGUUACUGGAGUCUCCAAAAGUCAAUAGUCAUCUGGUCACAAAUGCUGGUGAAACAGCGCGUCAGGUCGCGGAGGGGUUGGGCUAUCAAAGACUAGUUGGGAUGUUAAGAGAUAAUGGCAGGCCUGAUUUUAGUUAA